CGUUAUCCCGCCCGCUAACGCCGUAGCCUGGCGGCGGCGCCUCCCCAAGGCCGUCCACUGACAGGUGACAGCUACACCAGUGAUGAGGCAGUGAGCUGCCGCUGCCGCUGCCGCCGCCGCAGGCAGAUCUGACACACGCCGCGCCACUCCAAAGCCUACUUCCGCUGCUGCUGCACGGCACAGCUGCAGCCAGCAGGCAGCAGCAGCAGCAGCAAGCGCCGGCCCGCGCGCGUGACGAGAGAGAGCGCGCGCGCGUGCGAGGCGAGGCCAAAAAUCACCCACAAAAGCAAGCGAAAAACACCGCGGAAAAAAAGGGAGCCUCUCUCGCGGAACAAGGCAUUGCCCGCCCCGGUCACCGCAUUUCGGGAUGGAGGCGGCGGUGGGGGACGGGGAAGGCGGUGGCGGCGGCGGCGGGCGGGGGAAGCGUGGGCGGGGAGGAGGAGGAGGGGAGAUGGUGGAGGCGGUGUGGGGGCAGACGGGGAGUACGGCGUCGCGGAUCUACAGGGUGAGGGCGACGGGGGGGAAGGACAGGCACAGCAAGGUGUACACGGCGAAGGGAAUCCGCGACCGCCGCGUCCGCCUCUCCGUCGCCACCGCCAUCCAGUUCUACGACCUCCAGGACCGCCUCGGCUUCGACCAGCCGAGCAAGGCCAUCGAGUGGCUCAUCAACGCCGCCUCCCCCGCCAUCGACACCCUCCCGUCCCUCGACCCCGCCGCCUUCGCCGCCAUUCCCCACGCCGCCGCCGACGCCGCGCCCACGCGGCGGCGUUCGCAGCAGCAGCAGCAGCAGCUCAGCAACAAGUCCGGAUGCAGUAGCACGUCGGAGACCAGCAAGGGGUCGGACAAGGAGGUCACCGUGGCGAGCGCCCCGGCGCAGGCCGCGUCGUUCACUGAGCUGCUCAUUGCUGGGGUGGCGGCGUCGUCGGCGGGGGGUGGCGCCAUUGGCAACGGCGCCGACUGCGUGGGCAUCGCGCACCCCGGGAAAGGAGGCGCGGAGGGGGCGUCCACGUACGGCUUCUCCGCCGCCUCGAGCUUCGGCGACGCGCCACCGAUCGGCAUGGUGCCGGCGCCGCCGUUCAACUUCUCCGCCCCCGGCGCCGACAUGGCGGCGCACUACUCGCUCGCCCAGGACCAGCUGGCGGCGCCUCCGCCUCCUGCCGGAGGCGACUACAACCUCAACUUCUCCAUGUCCUCGGGUUUCUUGGGUGCCAAUAGGGGGACCCUUCAGUCCAAUUCGCCGUCGAACAUGUCCGGCCACCACCACCACCACCAUCAGCAGCAGCUCCAGAGGCUGGACGGCUCCACCAUUUCCUUCCUGCUUGGCCACGCCGCCGCGGCGGCGCACCCGGCGGCGUCCGAGGGCCAGAUCACCAGCACCGCCGCGUUGCAGCUGUGGGAUGGAUUCCGCCACUCCGGCAUGAAGGAGAAGAGCAAGAACUGAUCGAUCCCAGCAACGCAUCCUCCAAAGGAACUGAAGAUAUCAUCAUCAGAUUAAUUGUUGUCACCUUUCCAGCAAGAGCUCACCGUGGGGAGCUGCUACAAGUUUAUUGCGAUGACUGCCCGUGUUCUUUUAGCUGGGUCAUCGUUCUGCUAUGCUGUUUUUUGGCCAUCAUGAACACCCUGCCGCUGCUGCUACCUGCCAUUGCCAUCACUCAGACAAUCUUGUGAAUUUCCUUCUUUUUCCUAGAUGAAGCUGCUGUACAAAUUUUUGUGGGAGACGUGAGUUUCGAACAAGAAUAAGCGUGUCCCGUAGCCAGCGUUAAACCUUUCCCUUCCAGAAAUAUUUUUCGAGUGAAUUGAAAUUCAUAUGUGCCUCUGGUUAUUGGAGUGGCAUUAUUGUGUUCUCUCUGUCUCGCGGUUUGCGCUAUAAAGUUGAGAUAAAUCUGAUCA